AUGGCCUUCUCUAAAACUAUGGCUUUCUUGGUCGCCUUGGCUUGCCUUCUCUCCUACUCGGAGGCCGGCCGACCAAUAAUAUCACAAUCGGGUACAUCGCUAGUCGUCCAAGUCUGCUCAAACACGACCGACGCAAAAUACUGCAAACAUGCUCUAUUUUCCGACUCGCGGGCUGCGUCGGCCGACUCGGUGGUCCUUGCCUACAUAGCCAACGGCCUUGCUUACAACAAAGCCCGCGAAAACUUGGGUCUGAUCCAGACGAGAAUCAACAGUUGGGGGAACGAUAUGCCCAACAUCCUGGCGGGCUUCAAGGCCUGCCAGGAGAGCUACACGAAGGCAGGCCAGGCCAUGAUGGAAGUGCUUGGAAACCUCGACUCCGAGACGUACUGCGGUUUCGACCAGCUGGCCGCCAUGGCUGAGAACGAGAUUAUGGCAUGCGAUAAUGGGUUCGGCCAGGCUCCGUCCCCCAUGGCCAAGGAGAAUGGGGACAUGCUCAAGCUCGUUAACAUUUGUUCUGUUGUGGCUACCCUUUUUUCUGAUUCUAAUUAG